GAAUAAUGAAUCAAUGGGGAAAACUUGACGAAGGGCGGAAGGCAAGGAACCACCAACUCCCCUCAACCGCUCCCCUCCUCCUCCUUUGCCUUCCCCGCUGGUGAGGGCGACUUAUCUUCCUACUUCCCCACCCAACAUCUCUUUUUUAUCUUGGUGGCCCUCGGUUUGCUUCAGAUCGGCGCUUUCUUUAGGGUUUAUAUAUCUCUCCUUCCCCAACCACUCGAUUCCUCGUAUCGAUGAAGUUUCGUCUCUGAUCCCGCCGGAAGUCUAGGAGGAAGAAGAAGAAUCGCUUCUCCUCAGAGAGAACAUGGCGGUGUCUGGCCCUGUGACUCCCGGACAGGUUUCAUUUUUGCUUGGUUUUUUCCCUGUGUUCAUUGCAUGGAUAUAUUCAGAAAUAUUGGAGUACAGAAAAUAUUCCUCUCCUACGAAAGUUCAUUCAGAUGUAAAUUUGGUUGAAUUGGGAAAUGAAACAGUCAAGGAAGAUGAUCGCGCUGUUUUGCUUGAAGGAGGGCUAUCAAAAUCAUCGUCUGCAAAAUUUCAGAAUGCUUCUGUGCGGGCAAAUUUAUUCAGGUUUAUAGCAAUGGAUGAGUCUUUCUUGCUUGAAAAUCGAGCAAUACUAAGAGCCAUGUCAGAAUUUGGGAUGACUCUGGCUUACUUCUACAUCUGUGACCGCACAAAUCUAUUCUCGGAAUCUAAGAAGAAUUACAGCCGCGACCUGUUUCUUUUUCUCUACAUUCUUCUUAUCAUAGCUUCAGCUAUGACUUCUCUUAAGAAGCACCAUGACAAGUCUGCAUUCUCGGGAAAAGCCAUACUUUACCUAAAUCGUCAUCAAACUGAGGAAUGGAAAGGAUGGAUGCAGGUCUUAUUUUUGAUGUAUCACUACUUCGCUGCCACAGAGAUAUACAACGCAAUACGUGUCUUUAUUGCUGCUUAUGUGUGGAUGACUGGAUUUGGGAACUUCUCUUAUUAUUAUAUAAGGAAGGAUUUUAGCGUUGCUCGGUUUGCUCAGAUGAUGUGGCGGCUAAAUUUCUUUGUGGCUUUCUGCUGCAUUGUCCUGAACAAUGACUACAUGCUGUAUUAUAUCUGUCCAAUGCACACUCUUUUCACUCUUAUGGUAUACGGUGCACUUGGCAUUUGUAACAAGUAUAAUGAGAUUGCAUCAGUAAUGGCUGUGAAGAUUAUUGGUUGUUUUUUGGUGGUCAUCUUAAUCUGGGAAGUUCCUGGAGUUUUUGAUCUUAUAUGGACCCCUUUUACUUUUGUAUUAGGUUACAAGGAUGCAGAGCCUUCUAAAGCUAAUUUACCUCUCCUGCAUGAGUGGCACUUUAGAUCUGGCCUUGAUCGCUAUAUUUGGAUCAUUGGAAUGAUAUAUGCAUACUAUCACCCAACCGUUGAAAGAUGGAUGGAGAGGCUUGAGGAAUCUGAAACUAAAGUGAGAUUAUCGAUUAAAACAAGCAUAGUUACUGUCUGCGUGGUGGUUGGUUGCUUGUGGUAUGAGUAUAUCUACAAGCUAGACAAGAUUAUGUACAAUAAGCUCCACCCAUACACAUCAUGGAUUCCUAUCACUGUUUACAUUUGUUUGCGGAACUUCACUCAGCAAUUACGUAGUUCUUCUUUGACUCUCUUUGCGUGGCUUGGCAAGGUCACACUGGAAACCUACAUCUCUCAAAUCCAUAUCUGGCUGAGGUCAAACACGCCUAAUGGUCAGCCCAAAUGGCUACUUUGUUUCAUUCCGGAUUACCCAUUGCUCAAUUUCCUGCUUACUACUACAAUCUAUGUAUUUAUAUCGUAUCGAAUCUUUGAUCUGACAAAUUCACUCAAAGUAGCUUUUGUCCCCAGCAAAGACAACAAACGCCUUGUGCAUCAUUUUAUUGCUGGAGCAGUCAUUUCCUUAUGUUUGUAUUGCAUCUCAUGGGUUCUUCUUCACAUGCCUGUGGUGUCGGGAUAACGAAUUGCUUCCAAAUGUUGAUUUUGAGGUUUCCUCUUGGUUGGAAAAAUAUUCAAAUACCCAUCAAUAAGGCAGUUUGAAUUCUUUGGCCUAAAAUUCCACCCUUUGAAGAUCAUUAUGCUCCACAACCAACAAUUGGCUUUGGCACACUGUUUUGGAUGCGAGGAAGAGGAACUAGAGCUGUUCAGCUUUAGAGGCAUUUUGUUUGUGAGCUUCAAAGCUUAGGAGUUGUAUAAUUUUUUGAGUGAGAUGAUCUUGCGAUGUUGGAAAUGGCCAUUCGUCGCUUACUGCCCGUGUAACAUGAUGGGUCCCGCAUUUUUUUCCUCGGAAAUAAAACGGCAAUUUAAUGUAAUCAUUCCAUUGAUUUAAUGUUGGUCUAAUAGGAUUCAUGAGAAUUGGAAGUCAGAUGAUCAACUCAUUAUUUGUACA